AUGAAAAGUGGUAGUGUAAGGAAAGUGAUGAUUGUUGUUAGUGGUGCUACUGAAGAAAAUUCAGAUUUGGAGCUAAUAAGCACGACAGGAACUGUUGCAAAUUAUAAGCAACCUUCAAGUUCUGAUGAUAACUUGAGAAGUAAAUACAAGAAAACAUUGAAUGAAUUACCUGCAAGCCGGCAUACGUCGAAUCUUUCAAGUAAUUUAAAAAGAAGUGAUGGAAAAAAAGAGGAAUACACGGGAAACAGGAAAUCAUAUCCAAGGAAUCGUCUUGAAUUUAAUGAUAUAAGACCUGAAAAGAUUCAAGAAACACCAAAGAAAGAGAAAUGUCGUUGCUGCCAAUUUUGCAUGCUACUUCUGAAGUUUGCUGGUAUGUUAUGCUAUGUGUUUUGUUGUCCACCAGUACCGGGAAUGAUUAUUCGAAAAUUAGCAUUUCAUCCACUAAAGAAAGGAAAAACAUACGUUGUUUGCGGAAAAGAUAUGCACGACAAUGUUGUGAAAACCAAUAACGCAAAAAAGGCAUCUCAAUUUACAUCGUUGAAAUUCGAAGUACAACAGCUCAUUGAAGGAUUACCAAUUUCAACGGAAGAUGUUGUUGAUACGUCAAUAAUUAAAACAAGGCGCGGCUCAUAUCUGCCGAUUUUGAAGAUCGACAAUAAUUUAUCAAGUGAUAAAUGUAAAGAUUUGGUUGUAUUGUUUUCGCAACCAAACAGCUCUGAUUUGGGAUGUUAUUUUCAGCCAUAUGGAUUAAAUUUUAGGUAUAUCUCUGAGAUGUUGAAAGCUGAUUUAUAUGCGUAUGAUUAUUCUGGAUAUGGUAUUAGUACUGGUAGUCCAUCGGAAAAAAAUAUUUAUGCUGAUAUUGAAGCUGCUUAUAAACAUAUUUCUGAAUCUCAAGGACCACGUGUUCGAAUUGCAUUACUUGGUUACAGUAUCGGUACAGUAUCAACAGUUUAUAUGGCUUCUAAGCAUCCGCCAAAUCUUUGUGGAAUAGUACUCCUUGCACCACUCGCAUCUGCCCUAAGAUUAUACGUAAAAACUGAUCGAACUUGCUGCAUGGAUCAAUUUUUAAGUUACGACAGAGCACCACAAGUUAAUGUUCCUGUAUUGGCUUGUCACGGUUGUAUGGAUAAUAUUAUACCAAAAAGUCAUAGUGAAAUAUUGAUAGAACGAUUUCCUCGUGCUGUUGCACCAUUAUAUGUUGAAGAAGCUAAUCAUCUGACCAUAUUUUCCAGACAAAAUCUCUCUGUACUCUUUCGAAUUCGUUAUUUUCUAUUCAACGAAACUGAUCCAUUGCAAGCUGAUGUUGUAUGA